UGUGGAAGCAGUUGUUAUUACAAACGAAUGCAUGCUCGUAAACAACACCAGCCCAACGAAACCACGACGCGCAUGUGUCCAUAUUUGGAAUGGAUGAGGCGCACGCAGCACUGCCGCUUUAAGUGGCGCACCUCCCCGUCUGGGAACCUCGGGUGAGUAGUAUCACCGCAAGACGCGCGGAGAGAGGCUCACAACCAGACCCGGGCGUCCGGUUCAGCAGAAACAGGGGAACACAGCCAACAGCCAACAAGCCACACACACACGUCUCACAUAACCCAUCGCGGAUCUUAGAAGAGAUGGAAUUGAGAGAGGAGACGGAAUAAUCGCAGCAACAGGACUUUCGUUGCGGUAAUUUAACUCGGAUGAGGAGGAGCCAAGUCAACAGGUGCCUUGUUGAGAAGCACCGGGCUCAGGGAUAACGAAAGUCGGGCGUGACGGUUUGUUGACACGGCAAUAUGGCGACCGGGUUACUUGUUAAUUCAAAUGUUAACAGUGUUUGUUUAUAUAUUUAGGGAAACACUACUACGUACUUGGACAUUUGGAGGUAAACCCAACUUUACCAACUUGCACGACUUGCCUGCUCAUGGAUUACUGGCACCUCAGCUCGCUGGAGACGUGGUGAACUAUGCCUGGAGCACGUCCCCUUCUCUCCGGCGCACACCUGACCUCCACCCAGAUCAGGUGGUUCUGGUGACGGUCUUCCCCGCACCACCAACGCUUAUUUUUUUAAUUUAAAUUAUUCAUUUUUUUCAAGUCUUAUGGGGAACCAGGUGGAAAAACUGACACACUUAACCUACGACGAAGUCCCAACCUCGGACCCCAACGGGCUGGACCCCGCCGGGGGGGACGAGGUGGGACCUCGGAUCGGGGUGUCCUACAUCUUCUCCGCCGACGACGACGACCACGAGGACCCCCUGGAUGUACCGAACACCAGCCGGCCUCCCAGCCAGGAGGACCCGCCGUUCAACCCCCACAACGAGCUGGCGUGCUCGGUGCACUACCGUGAUGAGUGUGUGUACCAGAGGAACACAACGGAGACAAACAACACAACCACACACUCGCCUGAAAGCCUGUUGAACAAGUGCAGACCGGGGGACCUGUUGGAGUUCGUCUCCGCCGGCCAGUACCCACACUGGGCGGUGUACGUCGGCGACUUCCGGGUGGUUCACCUGCACCGCGCGGAGGUCAAGGACAGCUUCCUAACGGACGCCAGCCAGGGCAGGCCGGGCCGCAUAGUGAACGACCUGUAUCGGUACCGCGCGCUGCCGCUCGAGGUGGUGCUGAGGAACGCGCGGGAUCAUGUGGGGGCGCGGGACCGGGAGCUGUGCUGGCGCAACGCAGAGUGCUUCGCCGCGUGGUGCCGCUACGGGAAGCGCGAGUUCAAAAUGGGUGGGGAGAUCCGCAUCGGGAAACAGCCGUACAGGUUGACGUUGAUGUUCUCCCCGAAGGACCGACACGUGCUGGAGUUUCAGAGCCUGGAGGACGUGAUCAUGGAGAAGAGGAGGAACGAUCAGAUCGGGAAGGAGGCGGUGGUGCAGGAGCUGGCUGGACACCUUAAUGCCACAAACGAGAUCAAGGAUGAUCGUUUUGAAUGAUUGGUGGGUCGUUGGCCGGGCAAAAGUGAUGCUAAGUGCAGUGAUGGACGGUGGAGUAUUUGAUGGGAUGACAUUUUAGUUUAGGGAGUCGUUGGUCUAUGGGCCGGGGGCUUCGUUGAGCUGCCCACUCAAGAGAUGGACACCUGUGGACACUUUCUUUUGAGAAUGACCCCGGGAAAGUGUCGAUUUUAUGAGGUCUUGAUGGGGUCUUAGGCAAUCAAACUCAGGAAUCGGAGACCCGAAUGUCCAGAUUAAGACAAUAAGUACUGUGUAUGGAUUUAAAAAAAAACUUUUUGUGUGGCUUUAUUCAAAACAAGGACGAUAAUCCACUCAGAUUUUUAUCCUAUGGAUACAGUUCACAACCGCAGGGUGGGGUGGGCGUUAAUCAAUUUGUGUUGUUUAAUAAUUUCUGAAGAAAAAUAUACUUUGUAUGAUAGUAUAACGGGAAUAAAUAUAUAUAUUUUAAAUAAGACUUUUUGUAUAUUUUUGGUCCACUGUGGAUAAUUGACCAAUCAAAGAACCACCACUGUCAUUUUGAAAUAGCUAACUAAUAGCUAACUAAUCACACCAAAACUAUUCAUCCCAUGAAGCUAUCAGUAGGAAACCCACCAGCUAUAUGAAGAACAAACAGCAUCCUUCUGAAGUUUUAUUAAAAAUAUUAAUGUUGAAACCAAAGCAGGCUAAUAUCUUUUGACGUAACAUCAUUAACCUCACCACUUCACAAAAACAGCUGCUUACACUCAUCGACACUUUUGUAAACUCAUAUGAUCACUAGUUAAAAUCGACUGACUGUAAAUAUUUUAGUGAACUGAACUCCCUGAGGGCGUCUGAUCCAACUUGUUUGUGUCUUUGCUGUGGAGAUAACUCUGUUGCGAAAAUGGUGGUUGAUGUUCUGCUUUCAUUAUCCUCCACGUUAAUAUUCUGCUAAUGCAGUAAUAGGCCUAUACGUAUUGUUCCUUGGUUAAACAUGCACUUUGUAUUCAGCCCUCGAAACCUUUUGAAAAGGUAAAAGGAGAGAAACACCAACAUGGAAUGGGCCCCGACAAGAAGCAAAGUUGUGGCUGUGUAUUGUAUUUCCCUGCAGGUAUGUUUUUCUCCCUGGACCCACCCUGUGAUAGAACAAUUAGCAGUCUAGCUGAAUAGGGGGGCUGACAGACAGAUUUGCAUUUCUUCCAUUCUCUGUAGUCUGCUACGAUGAUCAAAAGUGUGCGUGCGCAUGUGUGAGUGAGCGUGUGUCUGUGUGAGCUGCAUGUUUAUGACACAUUCAACACUGGCAAAUUGGUAUUUGCAUAUAAACACUAUAAUGCUGUCAAUAGAUGGGGAUAAUACGGUCACACGCAUGAGGGGGUCUCGCGAUUCGCACAAAUCUGACUAGAUUAAUUAAAAUCUGUCGGGAGACGAACUCAACUCUGGUUUGAACGGUGGAGAUUUGAUUACUUUUGCUUCAUACUAUUUCGACCAAUCACGUAGCGGGAGGUGGCUAUAAGUGUGCAGUUGUCAAUAAAUUAUUAUUAAUUAUUAUAGGCCUACUAUUAACAGCGAACACAAACUUAGCCAACAGUAUUAAACUGCACAAAUCCCCCCCCACCAGUAUCCUGCUGGUGCUUCGGUCUCGAUGUCUAUUUACACUUUCAGUUGUGUUCAGUCCCUUUUGUUUCACGAUGCUAGCAAAACCACAAUCCUUGCAGAUGUGUCACAAGUUUUCUUUAGUCCUAACUUAAGUACGCCAGCAGACACUAAUCUUCCUCUACUCAAUUAGCUAUAAUGUGUUUAUAUUUUUGUAUCACCACCGUCUCACUUCUUUGAAACUAUGUAGCCUACAAUUAAUGUUGACCAAAUGUCCUCAGUGGUAAGCCAGAGAACACAGUACACACAGAGUGUACCAAGGACGCUACAUUCUGCAGCGGAAAGGUAUUGUUUCAUUUAUUUUCCAACAGAUAAAAGCGAAGUCACUGGUCUACGAUGUGUAGUUCUUUCCAACACUUUAUACUUAAUGGGUACAAGACAUCCCCAAAGCUAUCUAUCUACUUGAAUGUAGCCUACAUAUUGUAAGUCGCUUUGGAUAAAAGUGUCUGUUAAAUGCCCUAAAUGGAUGUAAAUCUACAGGCCCGUUUCUUACCCACAGAUACAACGACGAGGUCUUCUGCUAAAUUAAUUAGCAGAUAGUAUCAGCCACACAGGAAGAAGGAGGAUAUUCUAGGAUUUAACAUGGGCGUGUCCAGAAAUUGUUAUCCGAGCAAGGAAAGUGGUCUCCACAUAGCAGGAGAAUCUGUGAAACAAACGGCAAAGAGGCAUUUAAGGUUCUCUGGAGAACUGCCGGUCGUUUAGUUAUCUUUGUCAGGUGUGGUGGUAUUUGAAGGAAAACCAGCCCGAAGGGUUUCUAUCAGCAAACAUAUCUAUUUUGUGCCACUUGUUACUCAAAUACCAUCUCUGGGCCCCGCUGAGAGAAGCUUUGAUGGGACUCUUCUGAUCCAAACAGAGUUUUGCCUAAAGCCCGAGACACAGAUGAAUUCAUGCGUGACUGUAGGGGGAAAAGUGUGUUUGGAAGAUAAGCAAUGCAGAUGAAUCGUGUUGAAUACUCAGUCUUCAGUUUUCAUGUGUCUAAAGUUUAAAUUCUUAAAAAUAAGAAUAACCAUUUGCUCAGCUCAGACCCGGCCUGUUUGAAAUACUGGUGGUUUGACUUUUAGACUUGAUUGCAGUAGGCCUAGAUGAGUUUAUUUUAUUUUCCCAUGUUCACAGAUUGAAGUAGGCCUAAUUGAAAAAAAAAAGAUGCUCUUGUAACGCUGCCAUAUUGUAGUAUCCGAACUAUAGGUCUAGGUUUGAAUUAUAAAGUUUUCAACUGCCACUCAAGUGAAUUCUGUUUUUGUCUGAUGUUUGGAAGGUUGUAUUUCAUAUGAAGGUGGGAAUCAUUUAAAUGAAUGAUGAAAUUAAACUAUUGUAAUAACAAUGCUUUGUACAUUGGUCCACUGUUCAUUGUGAACUCAAUGAACUGUAAUUCCAUGUCAACCUAAUUCUGUGGUUUUGAAAGUGACCAACAUGGGGUUAAUAAUUGUUCUGAAGUUAGCUGUUUGCCUUUCAGAGGGAACUAUUUGUUUGUUUACUUUGUUGUAUGUUUGGACAUCAGACUUCCAAAUCCAAUGAAAGAGGGCAGCUCGUUGGUUAUAGAAGUUAAGGAAACUUGUUUUGGCUUGCCGACAAAAAGUGAUUAGCAUGAAAAAUAUAACAAGAGACAAUCACCAUUGCUGUCCUCAGCAGAGAACAUCUCUUUUGUUUUUGCCGUCCUUGAAUGCAUUUGUUUUGUAAGAAUAAGCUAAAAA